AUGAUAAGAAAAAUAAAAAGAAUUUUAAAAGUAACAAAACUGCUAAUACAGUUAAACAGUUUCAAGUUAACUCCAAACAUGAGGAUGGAUUUGUUGAUAAAUCUGCCCAGACCACAUGUACGUGUUCAUAUGGUAAAGAACACUUUAAUGAAGCUAGCUGUGGAGAACACUCCUUUUGAAGCCAUCGUGCCCCACCUCAAGGAGAGCAACACUUAUAUGUUUAUUAUGAAUGAGAAUUACAUAGCCUUUACUCUGUAUGGAAAUAAGGCAUUCAGUUCUAUGUACAAGGAAUACAAAAUGAACAAUUUUAUAAAGGUGUCUGUUUAUGAGAAUACGAUUUUGAGCAAAAGUGAAACGGAAAAUUUGGUUAAUUUAAGAACACACGGAUUUUACUUUGGGCAAGUGGUGAGCAAGCUCGUCCGGCUGAUUGGGGACAUCCCGCGCUCCAUCAUGCAGGUCCCCGCGUCCAUCGCGCGCGGCAUUUAUUUGCACGCGCAGAGGGGCGCGCGCGAGGGGCAGUGACUGCCGUGCGAAGCGGCCGUGCGGAGCCGCCACACAAAGCCGCUAUACGAAGCUGCCAUGCAAAUUCGCUACACAACGGUGCGCUUCACCCUGCGUGCCUUUUUCCGCGCUGUGGAAGACCUUCACUCAUGGACUACAACUUCUGGCGUGGGACACGAACACAAUCA